AUUCCCCCUCCAGUCCCCAUUUCUGCCCCCCAGACCCCAUUUCCCCCCUGUGCCCCCCAGGCCUCCACAGCCCAGGAGAUCCAGCGGCACUUUGAGGGGCACCCGGCCGACCUGGUGGUCUGUGAUGGGGCCCCUGACGUAACAGGGCUGCACGACCUGGACGAGUACAUCCAGGCCCAGCUGCUGCUGGCAGCGCUGAACAUCACCACCCAUGUGUUGAAGAAAGGCGGCACCUUUGUGGCUAAAAUUUUCCGGGGGAAGGAUGUGACCCUGCUCUACUCUCAACUGCGCCUCUUCUUCCCCGACGUCACCUGCGCCAAACCCCGCAGCAGCCGCAACUCCAGCAUUGAGGCUUUCGUGGUGUGCCGUGGCUACAGCCCCCCUGAGGGCUUUGUGCCCACCAUGGACAAUCCCCUGCUGGACCCCGAGGCAGGCCUGGCCCUGUCCCAGCUCUCGGGGCCCUCCCGUGUCAUUGUCCCCUUUGUGGCCUGCGGGGACCUGAGCGCCUACGACCCUGACCGCACCUACCCCCUGCAGGUACUGGGACGGACUGGGAGGGACUGGGAGGGACUGGGGGGUCCUUGUG